AUGGCAACCUCGAAGAGUACGAUACAGCGUGAAGAGGAGUCCUUCUCAAGUUCUGGGCCCUGUCUGAACCAGGGUCUGAAGAAGGAAAUCCCAGAGACUCCACAAAUUAAAGAGGAGCCAGAGGAACCAAGUAUCAAACAGGAGGAAGAGCAGCUGCCAGUGUGUGUCUCAGAGUACUUUACUGUAGUUGUGAAAACCGAAGAGUCCUCACUGCUGGAACAAACUGAGCCCAAAGAGGAGACUCAUGGAGAGGACAUCAGCGCACAGCCACAGUUGCACUCGGAGACUGAGGGAGACACAGAGCACUCUUCUGACACUGACAAUGAUGAAGACUGGAAAGCUCCAUUCAGCUGUUCAGAUGAUGAAGACUGCAACAACAAAGACCAGGCAAAACAAAAGUCAGGGCUUUCCCCCAAAUACAAGUCUGCACUAGAGACUAGUGCCACUAUGAACAAUGGAGACAAGUUAGGAACAGCUAAAGGAACAAAAGGGACACACCAGUGCCCUUUUUGCGCAAAGACAAUAAAAGGGACUAAACAGAAUUUACAAAGACACAUUAGAAUUCACACCGGUGAGAGACCUUUCAGCUGUUCAAUAUGUAAUAAGACAUUUUGCCAUCAGGGUAAUCUAAUUUCUCACAAAAGAACGCAUUCAGGUGAAAAACCAUUCAGCUGUCCAACCUGUAACAAAACUUUUUUAAAGAAAUCUGAUUUAAAUGUACAUAUAAGAACGCACACAGGAGAGAGACCUUACAGCUGUUCAGACUGUAAUAAAUCAUUUUCCCAUGUUGGUUCUUUAAUUGCUCACAGAAGAACACAUACAGGUGAAAAACCAUUCAGCUGUUCAAUCUGUCAGAAAGAUUUCCCCAACCUUACUGGACUGAACUGCCAUGUGAGACUGCACACUGGUGAAAAACCAUUCAGCUGUUCAACCUGUAAUAAGACAUUUACCACCAACUCCCAGCUACGGGCGCAUACAAGAAUGCACACAGGAGAGAAACCUUACAGCUGUUCAAUUUGUAACAAAACAUUUUCCCAGACAAGUUCUCUAAACGUUCACAAAAGAACACAUUCUGGUGAAAAAACAUUCAGUUGUUCUAUCUGUGAGAGAGAAUUUACCCAAUCCUCUUCACUUAAACGCCAUAUGAUACUGCACACGGGAGAGAAACCAUUCAGCUGUUCAAUCUGUAAUAAGACUUUUUCCCAGAAGAGUAAUCUAAAUCAGCAUAGAGAAAUCCACAAGUCUCUUAUCUCAGAGGACACAUGAAUAGGGAUGGAACAAUAAACAAAAUAUUGUGAUGUAGUAUCAAGUUUUGUGAAACGUGGAGGGCUGACACAAUAUAUCAAAUUAUUGGGCCAGACAAAGAUCUUUUGCUUAAAGAAUAAUAAUAAAUAUUG